GAAAGAGAAGCGCGAAGAUGGUCGGGGCUUUGCUGGCUCUUUGUUUGUGGAGCGUUGCCUCAGGAAAGGAGUGCAACGUUUCAAGCUCAAAUAAAAUCCCUGAUUUUGGAGCAAUCUACCACGUCAAAGGAGUCAUCAAUCUGCCUUACGCUGAAAUCGAGGAGCCCUUUGAGGCAUGGUACAACCUUACUGGAAACAAGAGUCGCAUUGAAUAUUAUGACGGCCAAGUCGUGACUUUGCAGUUCGGCUGUACAGAGCCAUAUGGCACCAUGUUCAAGUUGACACCAGAAACCACUGAGAAGGAAGUGAACACGAAGAAGUGCUUUCAGAUGAAUGGCACCAAAGAAGGCCGCGUGGAGCCGCAAACUGUCUUCCCCAGCCUGCACGGCUACAAGCCGGUAAGGGAAGAGUAUUUCAGAGGAAUAUAUUGCACCGUGUGGCAGAACAUAUCCUACUGGGGCAAAAAGAAGAACAUCUACACCAUGUGGGUCACCAACUCCAGCUGCGGCGUGUCACCCGUGCAUUAUGAGAUGAGGGGCUUCAACACUUUGCUGGGUUCCCACUACGACAAGUACGAGAUCGAUUACACAGACUACUCCAACAGUUUCCCCGCUUCCAUUUUUGUCCUGAAACCUAAUGAAACAAAGCUAUGCAGUCAAUUGCCAGGCGAGUCAAUGGAGCACCGCAUCCUAGCAAACCCCAUGGCAGAUUUUGUCGGGGGGGAAGAGGACCGAGCCCACCAGCUGUUCCACCACUACAGAAAACGGUUUGGAAAGACGUAUGACAAUGAGACGGAUAUGGAACACAGGAAGCACACCUUCACCCACAACAUGAGGUUCGUCCACUCUAAGAACCGUGCCAACCUCUCCUACAAGUUGGCUCUGAACCACUUGGCAGACCUCACCCAGGAUGAGAUUGCCGCAAUGAGGGGGAAACUCAAAAGCACAACACCCAACAACGGGCAUCCUUUCCCUCAUGACCAGUACAUCGGCCUCAUCCUGCCAGAGAGCAUAGACUGGCGGCUCUAUGGUGCAGUGACUCCAGUCAAAGAUCAGGCGGUGUGUGGCUCUUGCUGGAGCUUCGCAAGCACAGGAGCGUUGGAAGGGUCUCUCUUCCUCAAGACUGGUCAGCUCAUCCCACUCUCUCAGCAAGUCCUCAUUGACUGCUCUUGGGGCUUUGGGAACUACGCCUGUGAUGGAGGCGAGGAGUGGCAGGCCUACGAAUGGGUCCUGAAGCAUGGGGGGAUUGCUACCACAGAGUCCUAUGGGCCAUACAAAGGCCAGAAUGGUUACUGUCAUAGCAACUCAUCAGAGCUUGUAGCCAAACUUUCCCAUUAUGUCAACGUCACCUCCGGGAACAGCACUGCUCUGAAGGCUGCCAUCUACAAGCAGGGCCCCGUGGCCGUCAGCAUUGAUGCCGCCCACAGGACUUUCUCUUUCUACUCCAAUGGGGUUUACUUUGAGCCUAAAUGCAAAAACAAGAGAGGAGAGCUGGACCACGCAGUCCUGGCUGUGGGUUACGGAGUCCUUCAGGGAGAGCUUUACUGGCUCAUCAAGAACUCCUGGUCUACCUACUGGGGUAACGAUGGCUACAUCCUCAUGUCCAUGAAAGAUAACAACUGUGGGGUAGCUACCGAUGCCACAUACCCAGUAGUGGCUUGACCACACCCUGGCAAGCUCCCAAAGGUGGUCCCACACCACUUCCUGCUCCAAAUGACGUUCCUCCAUCUCCUAAAUUUCUCAAGCAUUUUCUCCAACACACUGGAAUCUUAGCCAUAGGACUAGCAGAGAUUCGGGGAGCCACCAAGUCCGGCCUCAUGAGAAUGUAUGAGCCCACCUGGAGCAGACCAGCAGUGCAGCUCUCCGUGUCCCACAGCGGUCAACCAGGUGCCCCAGAAAGCCAACAGAGGGCAGAGAAUCCAAGGCCUUCCCCUGAUGUUGCCCCCUAGCACCGGCAUUCAGCCUCUAGGUGUGGCAGCUCUACUCUGUAGGCAGCACCAUUUUUGGAGUCAUUCUAUAUGGAAUCUUGAACCUCUUGGGACUUCUUUUUGCGUGACAAGCCCCAGUCCCUGAAGCCUCAUUAACAGGAACGGAUCUAGCAACGCUCUGAUGACAAUCUCUUUCUGUUCCAUCAGCACAAACACUUUGCAGGCUUUGCAAAAAUCUCUGAGAAGCAGGCAAGGCGUGGCCUUCUGGAGCAAGGCCCAGAAAUGUGGUGUGGCUUCUCUAAGGCCACGAAGCCGUUCUGUGGCAGAGCUUAAGGGACUUGCUAUUUCUGUUCCAGGCCUGUUGCCUCACCCACGCCGCUCUCUCCGUGCACGUGCUUGGGGAAAGCUGGAUGGAAGCUGCUGCUGUAGUCAGGGGGUGGGUUUGGGAAAGGCUAACGCAGGAAAAGCCGCACGCAGGUAGGUGGUCAACUCAGACUUUGGCUGAAUUCUCUGUCGUUGGUCAUCUCGCCUCAGAAGCAGCUGCUGUGACUUUUUGCGUCUGGCCAAUUAAAAGUAUUGUACCGUGCUUGUCUUGAUUCUUAUUAC